CGAAUGAUCUAUUAUCGCAAUAAAAUCAGUAACCACUCAAAUUAUUUCCCGCGGUUUCUGCAAACUAAGCAUUUUUAUUUGUUUACAAUUACAUGUGACGAAUCAACAUGGGCGAUCACACGGAUCUAGGUUUCAAAGCCGAAUACGCCAAGAGCAGCCGCGCUUCCUGCAAGGGAUGCAAGGAAGGAAUCACACAAGAUUCGCUCCGUUUAGCAAUAAUGGUUCAGUCACCAAUGUUCGAUGGAAAAAUUCCAAACUGGUUUCAUUUUAAUUGCUUUUGGAAACGAGCACGCUGUACUGGUGUUCAUGACAUCUAUGGCUUUGACAGUCUUAGAUGGGACGAUCAACAGAAAAUUAAGGACAAGCUUGGCGGUGGUGGUGGUGGCGCUUCUAAUAGCAGUGGAGGUGAUAGUGUAGAUGCUUCAGCGUUUGUGUCCAAGGACUACGCCACAGAGUACGCCAAGUCUGGUGCCGCCAUGUGCCGUGGCUGUGAGGAGAAAAUUGCGAAGGGUGAGGUGCGCAUUUCUCGGAAAGACUACGAGAGCCAGCGAGCAGUGAUGUACGGACCAGUGGACUUGUGGCACCAUGUUGACUGCUUUGUGAAGAAACGGGAUGAGCUGGCCUUUACCACUGAAAUGAACCCAGAAAAAAUAAACGGUUGGCUUGGUUUAAAGAAAGAAGACAAGGACAUGCUACUUGAGAAACUUGGAAAGGGAGUGGCUGGUAGUGCUAAAAAGCGCAAGGCAGAUGCUACGAAGGAAUCUGGUGGAAAGAAAAAGAAAGUGGAAGAAACUGAAGAAGAAAAGGCUCUGAGGGUACAGAACCAGCUGAUCUGGAAGUUCAGAGACGGCCUGCAGAGAGAGGUCAGCAAUAGCGCCCUGAAGAUCUUACUGGAGCUCAACAAACAGGAUGUCCCUCCUGGAGAAAGCAAGCUGCUCGAUGCAGUGUCAGACUGCAUGACGUUUGGAGCCCUGGAGAAAUGUCCAGAGUGUAAAGAAGGGCAGCUAUCAUACAGGGCGGAUGGCUACCACUGUACAGGCAACAUGACUGAGUGGACCAAGUGCAUGUACAAGACAAAAACUCCAAAACGAAAAGCAUUUAAGAUUCCUUCAGAGUACCAUGAUGCAGAAAUCCUAAAGAGCUACAAGUAUGUGAAGCGUGACCGUGUGUUCCCUGCAGUGACUGCCAGCACCACUGAGGGUCCAGUGAGCUCCUCCCUAGACUCCACAGAUGGCAUUGUGAACUUUCACCCCUUGGAGGGAUUGAAGUUUGUUGUAUCUGGCAAGUUCUCCAAAUCCAAGGCUGACAUCUCUGCUGCCAUUGUGCGCAUGGGUGGGACCGUGGUGACCAAAUGUGACGGCAAAACUGCAGCAGUCAUCAGCACCAAGGACGAGGUUGAGAAAAAAAGCAAGGCAGUGAAGGAGGCAGAGAAGGCUGACGUGCAUGUGGUGGACGAGGAGUUCCUAGACAAGGUGCAGAAAGGAGGAGCCGCACUUCUGAUCACUGCACACAGCAUAGCCCCAUGGGGGUCAGAUGCAGAGAAGAGGCUAGCCCAGGCCGGUGUGUCCAAGAGUGUGGGUGCAAAGAGCAAGGGAUUCUCCAAGAAGGAUGAGGCGUAUUUCACGAAGAACUUGCCAGACAAGUUGAAGAUGACUGUGAAAGGGGGAGCUGCAGUGGACCCUGACUCUGGUGUUGCUGAGAAAGCCCAUGUGAUACAAGACAAGGGGGUGAUCUACAACGCUGUGCUAGGACUGGUUGAUGUGGUCAGGGGAACUAACUCCUACUACAAGAUCCAGGCCCUUGAAAGUGACAGUAACACACAGUGGUGGGUUUUCCGCUCAUGGGGACGUGUUGGCACUACUGUAGGAUCAAACAAAAUGGAGCGGUUUGGAUCCCGAGCAACAGCCAUUGCAAACUUCAAAGAGGUUUAUGCAGACAAGACCAAUAAUGAGUGGGAAAAGAGAGAUAACUUCCAGAAGUUUCCGAACAAGUUUUAUCCGCUGGAUAUUGAUUAUGGGGCGGAUGACGAAGGUGAUAUCAAGAAGUUGAGCACGUCCGGCUCACGCUCCAAGCUACCAAAGUCUGUUCAGGACCUCGUGUGUAUGAUCUUUGAUGUGGAGAGCAUGAAGAAAGCCAUGUUGGAGUUUGAGAUUGAUUUGAAGAAGAUGCCAUUGGGGAAACUUUCGAAGAAGCAGAUUCAGUCAGCAUAUGGGGUAUUGACAGAAGCACAGAAGCUGGUUGAGGAGACUGGCUCAGCGACCCAGAUCCUGGACGCAAGCAACCGGUUCUACACGCUGAUCCCGCAUGACUUCGGCAUGAAGAAGCCCCCGAUGCUGGACACGGCUGAGAUCAUCAAGAACAAGACUGAGAUGCUCGACAAUCUGCUGGAGAUUGAAGUGGCGUACAGCAUGUUGAAGGGAGGAGACGAGGGCGAGGACCCUGUUGACGCCCACUACAAGAAACUGAAAACAGAGAUAGUGGAGGUGGAGAGAGGCUGCGAGGAGUACAAGAGGCUUGUGGACUAUGUGCAGAACACACACGCAGCCACACACAACAUGUACGCACUGGAGGUGGAGGAGAUCUGGAAGAUCAAGAGGGAAGGUGAGUUCUCCAGGUACAAGCCAUUCCGUGAGCUGCCCAACAGAAAGUUGCUGUGGCACGGGUCUCGUGUGACAAACUUUGGCGGCAUUCUCUCCCAGGGCCUAAGGAUCGCUCCACCGGAAGCUCCUGUGACUGGUUACAUGUUUGGCAAAGGUGUGUAUUUUGCUGACAUGGUCUCAAAGAGCGCCAACUACUGUCGGACGUCCAAGCAGGACCCCAGGGGGCUCAUGAUGUUGUGUGAGGUCGCCCUUGGCAACAUGUAUGAGUGUACAAAGGCUGAAUAUAUUAAUAAACUGCCUAAAGGGAAGCACAGCUGUAAAGGUAUUGGCCAGACGGAGCCUGACCCCGCUGGGUCCUACACGACCCCAGACGGCGUGGAGAUCCCCAUGGGUAAAGGUAAGCAGGGGCCCGCCCGCAACUCCAGCCUCCUCUACAAUGAGUUCAUCGUGUAUGAUGUGGCCCAGAUCAACAUGCAGUACCUGUUCAAGAUGAACUUCAAUUUCAAGUGGUGAACAUCAUUCUGUGAUUGGUUGAACUAGACUGAAAAAAAAUCUGUGAUUUGGGAACUGAAAAAUCUCCAGUACUUUGUUUGUGUCAUCCAAAUGAAAAAAUGAUAUUGCAGUAUUAAUCUUACUUAAUGCAUACUUUACUAUGAAUAUUUUAUGCACCCAGGCAUCUACUAAUUCUGAAAGGCAUGUAGCAAUUUGCCAGUAUGUUAUCUGCCCAUCCGUAUGAGGUAAGCCAUAGAUAACAUGUUUCAUGUAACAUCACUACCACUUCGUACUGAGCUUUGAUUCUUGCAUGGAUAAUACAUUAGAUCCCCUCCAACACACCCAUUUUCUCUGACCUCAUUGGACCUUGACAUGCACCUAAUUUAGACGAAUACUUAUUCAGAAUGUUGGAAUGGAGAAGCUUGUUUUGAUCAUAAAAUAUCACAUAUUUUACCUGAAAUGUUCUGUGGUAGUGGUAGUUUCAUAGAGUGAGAACUUAAAAAAUGAGCUGUUUGAAUACAUCUUUAACAUCACACUUUUGUUUAAAUCAUCCUUCAUUGAAAUGCUUGUACACCACAUUUGUUGAUCACAGUAAGCUUUCAUUUUGAUACUUUUUAGCUCACCUGAGCACAACGUGAUCGCCUUUUGUCCGUCGUCCGUUGUGCGGCGUCAACAUUUGCCUAGUUAACUCUCUAGAGGGCACAUUUAUUUCCAAUCUUGAUGAAAUUUUGUCAGAAGAUUGGUCUCAAUUAUAUCUUGGAUGAGUUUGAAAAUGGAAAUGUUUGCUUGAAAAACAUGGCUGCCAAGGGGCGGGGCAUUUUUCCUUAUAUGGCUAUAGUAAAAUCUUGUUAACACUCAAGAGGCCACAUUUAUUGUUCAAUCUUAAUGAAACUCGGUCAGACGUUUCAUCCCAAUAAUAUCUUGGACGAGUUCGAAAAUGAUGCCCGCUCGGGUUGGUUGAAAAACAUGGCCGCCAGGGGGCGGGGCAUUUUUCCUUAUAUGGCUAUAGUAAAAUCUUGUUAACACUCUAGAGGCCACAUUUAUAGUCUGAUCUUUAUGAAACUUGGUCAGCAGAUUCAUCCCAAUAAUAUCUUGGAUGAGUUCAAAAAUGAUGCCGGUUGGUUAAAAAACAUGGCCACCAUGGGGCCGGGGCAUUUUUCCUUAUACGGCUAUAGUAAAACCUUGUUAACACUCUAGAGGUCACAUUUAUUUUCCGAUCAUCAUGAAACUUGGUCUGAAGAUUUGUCCCAAUGAUAUCUUGGAUGAGUUCGAAAAUUGUUUUGGUUGCUUAAAAAACAUGGCCACCAGGGGGUGGGGCAUUUUUCCUUAUAUGGCUAUAGUAAAACCUUGUUAACACUCUAGAGGCCACAUUUAUUGUCCAGUCUUCAUGAAAUUUGGUCAGAAGAUUGGUCUCAAUGAUAUUUUGGAUUAGUUUAAAAAUAAUUAUGUUUGCUUGAAAUACAUGGCUUCCAAGGGGCGGGGCAAUUUUCCUUAUAUGGCUAUAGUGAAAAUCUUGUUAACACUCUAGAGGCCACAUUUACUGUCCGAUCUUCAUGAAACUUGGUCAGAAGAUUCAUCCCGAUAAUAACACCGGAGCAUUACUCUAAAUAUACUUAAGGGAUUUACUUGAAACUUGAAAUAUAAACAGAUGGCAACUAGGAGAAGUGCAGUGACCAAGAUUCACAACUCUAUCUACCUUAGUUUUUGAAUUAUCUCCCCUUUUAUAUAAUUUAAAAGUAAUUUUUUGUCCGGAGCAUAACUCUAAAUCUACUGAAGGGAUAUACCUAAAACUUGAAAUAUAAACAGAUGGCAAGUAGGAAAAGUGCAGUGACUUAGAACCAUAACUCUAUCUACCUUAGUUCUUGAAUUAUCUCCCCUUUUAUAUAACUUUAAAGUAAAUUUUUGUCCGGAGCAUAACUUUAAAUCUACUAAAGGGAUUUACUUGAAACUUGAAAUAUAAACAGAUGGCAACUAGGAGAAGUGCAGUUACCAAGAACAAUAACUCUUAUCUGCCUUAGUUUUUGAAUUAUCUCCCCUUUUAUAUAAUUUGUAAGUAAAUUUUUGUCCGGAGCAUAACUCUAAAUCUACUGAAGGGAUUUACUUGAAACUUGAAUUAUAAACAGAUGGCAAGUAGGAGAAGUGCAGUGACUAAGAACCAUAACUCUAUCUACCUUAGUGUUUGAAUGAUCUCCCUUUAUUUAAUUAAGAAGUAAAUUUUUGUCCGGAGCAUAAUGAAUUAUCUCCCUCUAUUUGUUUUUACAAAUAUUAUUCUACUCUCUAAAACAAAUGUUGUCAUACAAGCAAACACAUUUCGGCGGGGAUUUGGCACUACUGUGACAAGCUCUUGUUUUAUUGAUUCCUUGAUUGUGAAGAUUGUGAUGUUUUGUUCAACGUUUUUGGAUGCUUUUCUGUAUUUUGUUAAGUGAUUGUUUUGAUUAUCAUAACAGAGGAACUGAAUGCAUGAAUGUUUUGUUUUUGUUGUUAAUACUUAUUGAAGUAUGUUGUUUAGAUAUAACCUUUUAGACUUUGCAUUUACAAAACAUUUUUAAAAAUCAAUAUGACAAUUAAAAAUUACGAAGAAUCCACCUGUUAUUAGUAUACUUUAGAAUUUGUUUCUUUUUAGUACAAAAUUUGUUCCUUAAGUGUGCUUCACGUAGUUCAGCUAAAAUAUGAUCAUCCGUCUUACAUUGCCAUCACGGUGUAAUAAUUCAUAAGAUAUCAGAAUUGUCGAUAGAAGUACAGAAAAACAACUCGUAUAAAAUUUCUUAACCAAAAUGAUUACAGCAGUCUAACAACAAGAAAAAGCUGUUCAUUAAUUUUUGUUUAAGAGUGCGCAUGUUGAAGAUUGCGCAAGUGGUUGUACACUUAGUAGUAUUAUUUCCCGCACAAAAUGUUUUGACUUAUCGUUGUUUUUCCCAAUGUUUCUUACUCACUGCAUGUUUUUUACACUCAAAUGAACACAUGAUACCUUUGAACGUGUGUGCUGUUCAUGUAUUUUGUUGCAUGCAUAUCUCAAUUAAAAUUAAGGUAAUAA